UGUAGAAAUAAAGUCAAACAAUUCUUGAGGCAGACUCAUAUUACUUGUCGUAUCGCUGGUGUUCACUUUGCUGUGGGGUGUAGGGCUGCUCUCUGAAGGGUGAUCUGUGGCCCUAUUUGAGUGAAUUUUGGAGGAUGGCUCCAAACAAGACAGGGGAUGAACUUGUUUUCUUUGUGAAUGGUAAAAAGGUGGUGGAAAAAGUUGUGGACCCGGAAACAACUCUGCUAACCUAUCUACGAAGAAAAUUGGGCCUAUGUGGAACCAAACUAGGCUGUGGAGAAGGUGGAUGUGGUGCUUGCACUGUUAUGAUUUCCAAGUAUGAUCCCUUUCGAAAGAAAAUCCUCCACCAUACUGCCAAUGCUUGCCUCUUCCCUGUCUGUGCCUUGCAUCGUGUAGCUGUAACUACUGUUGAAGGCAUAGGAAACACAAAAUCCAGGCUGCACCCAGCCCAGGAGAGAAUAGCAAAAAGUCAUGGGUCCCAAUGUGGCUUUUGCACUCCAGGCAUUGUCAUGUCCAUGUAUACAUUGCUUCGGAACAAACCUGAGCCCAAAAUGGAGGACAUAGAAGAUGCUUUCCAAGGGAACUUAUGUCGGUGUACAGGAUACAGACCCAUUCUGGAAGGAUACAGGACAUUUGCUAAAGACUUGAAUUGCUGUGGCAGAGUAGCCAAUGGCAUGGGAUGCUGUCGUAAUGAGAAGGAAAAUAGCACAAAUGGGGGCUGCUGUGGGGGAAAAGCCAAUGGUCCAGGCUGCUGCAUGAGUGGAAAAGAAGACAAUGUGACAAUGAAGUCCUCCAGCCUGUUCAAUUCUUCUGAGUUCCAGCCAUUGGACCCUACACAGGAGCCAAUCUUCCCACCAGAGUUAAUGACUCAGAGUAACAAACAGCAGAAGCAGCUGUGUUUCAAAGGCGAGCGUGUCACUUGGAUCCAGCCUACAACCCUCAAGGAACUGGUGGCUCUCAAAUCUCAGUACCCCAAUGCCAAGCUUGUUGUGGGGAACACGGAAGUGGGUAUUGAGAUGAGAUUAAAGAACAUGUUGUAUCCAGUGAUAAUAGCACCAGCAUGGAUCUCUGAAAUGAAUGCUGUUCAGCAUACUGAAACAGGGGUCACCUUUGGUGCUGCCUGUACCCUGAGCUUGGUAGAGGAAGUGCUGAGAAAAGCGGUGGCAGAGCUUCCUCCCUACAAAACAGAGGUCUUCCAGGCUGUCCUUGAACAGCUGCGGUGGUUUGCAGGGCCACAGAUUAGGAAUGUUGCUGCUCUUGGUGGGAACAUAAUGACAGCAAGCCCCAUUUCUGACUUAAAUCCUGUGUUAAUGGCAAGUGAAAGCAAACUGACUCUGGUAUCAAAUGAGGGCAAAAGGACUAUCACAAUGGAUGAGAAGUUUUUCACUGGAUACAGAAAAACAAUAGUUAAGCCUGAAGAAAUACUUCUCUCUGUUGAAAUACCCUACAGCAAGAAGGGUGAAUACUUCUCAGCUUUCAAGCAGGCUUCCCGUCGGGAGGAUGACAUUGCUAUUGUAACCUGUGGGAUGAGAGUCCUGUUCCAAGAUGGCACUAAGCGAAUAGAGAAGAUAAAACUAAGCUAUGGAGGAAUGGCUCCUACAACCGUCCUGGCGCUAAAAACUUGCCAGGAGCUCAGUGGCAGAGACUGGAACGAGAAGCUACUGCAGGAUGCCUGCCGCUUACUGGCGGGUGAGAUGGAUCUGUCUCCUUCUGCGCCUGGUGGGAUGGUGGAUUUCCGACGCACACUCACACUCAGCUUCUUCUUCAAGUUCUACUUGACGGUCCUUCAGAAACUGAGCAAGAACCACAAUGGCACUAGCAAUCUGUGUGAGCCCGUCCCCUCGAACUACAUCAGUGCUACAGAGCUGUUUCACAAAGAUCCCAUUGCAAAUGCCCAGCUCUUCCAAGAAGUGCCCAGGGGACAGGCAGUUGAAGAUAUGGUGGGCCGGCCUUUGAUGCACAUUUCAGCAGCCAAACAAGCAUGUGGAGAAGCUGUUUACUGCGAUGACAUCCCUCACUAUGAGAAUGAGCUGUAUCUAACGCUGGUGACCAGCACCAAAGCCCAUGCUAAGAUCCUUUCUGUAGAUGUAUCUGAAGCUCAGACUGUUCCUGGGUUUGUGUGUUUUGUCUCUGCCAAGGAUGUUCCUGGCAGUAACAUCACUGGCAUCGCUAAUGAUGAGACUGUCUUUGCUGAAGAUGUGGUCACUUGUGUUGGUCAUAUCAUUGGUGCAGUUGUUGCAGACACACAAGAACAUUCCAGAAGAGCAGCUAAAGCUGUGAAGAUUAAGUAUGAAGAGCUCAAACCUAUUGUCACAAUUCAGGAAGCUAUUGAGAAACAAUCCUUUUUUAAGUCUAUAAAGAGGAUUAAUAAGGGAGAUGUGAAGAAAGGAUUUGAAGAAUCUGAUCACAUUUUGGAAGGAGAGAUGUACAUUGGUGGGCAGGAGCAUUUCUAUCUGGAAACUCACUGUACUGUGGCUGUGCCAAAGGGGGAAGAUGGUGAGAUGGAACUGUUUGUGUCGACCCAAAACCUAAUGAAGACACAGGAGUUUGCUGCUAAUGCAUUGGGAGUCCCUUCAAAUCGGGUUGUGGUUCGAGUGAAAAGAAUGGGAGGAGGAUUUGGAGGAAAAGAGACUAGGAGUACUAUUUUGUCAACUGUAGUGGUUGUCACAGCCUUCAAAACUGGCCGCCCAGUAAGGUGCAUGCUGGAUCGAGAUGAGGACAUGCUGAUAAGUGGUGGGAGGCAUCCCUUCCUGGGGAGGUACAAGGUUGGUUUCAUGAAGAAUGGGAAAGUCAAGAGUCUGGAGGUGUCAUACUACAGCAAUGGAGGCAACUCUGUAGACCUGUCUUAUGGUGUUAUGGACAGAGCCCUGUUACAUUUGGAUAACUCCUACAACAUCCCCAACGUCAGAAGCAUGGGCAUUGUUUGCAAGACCAACUUGCCUUCCAACACAGCCUUCCGUGGCUUUGGAGGGCCCCAAGGAAUGAUGAUUGCUGAGUGCUGGAUGAGCGACCUUGCUCGGAAGUGUGGCCUGCCACCUGAGGAGGUGCGGAAGCUCAAUCUUUAUAAUGAGGGAGACCUGACUCAUUUUAACCAAAAGCUGGAGGGAUUUACUCUACGACGAUGCUGGGAUGAAUGUAUGUCAAGCUCUAACUAUCAUGCCAGGAAAAAACUAAUUGAAGAAUUCAACAAGCAGAAUCGUUGGAAGAAGAGAGGAAUGUGCAUUAUUCCUACCAAAUUUGGCAUCAGUUUCACUGUCCCAUUUCUGAACCAGGCUGGAGCUCUGGUCCAUGUGUAUACAGAUGGCUCUGUGUUACUUACACAUGGUGGGACUGAGAUGGGUCAAGGACUUCACACCAAAAUGAUCCAGGUUGCUAGCAGGUCACUGGGAAUCCCCACCUCCAAGAUUUACAUCAGCGAGACCAGCACAAACACUGUCCCAAAUACCUCCCCGACAGCCGCAUCUGUCAGUGCGGACAUCAAUGGAAUGGCCAUCCACAAUGCGUGUCAGACUAUCUUAAAAAGACUUGAGCCGAUCAAACAGUCUAAUCCCGAAGGAUCCUGGGAAGACUGGAUUAAUGCUGCCUAUGAGAACUGUGUUAGCCUGUCAGCCACGGGGUUUUAUAGAAUUCCUGACCUUGGCUACGACUUUGAAAAGAAUGAAGGGAAACCAUUCUGCUACUUCAGUUAUGGUGUUGCUUGCUCCGAGGUUGAGAUAGAUUGCCUGACAGGUGACCACAAGAACAUUCGCACAGACAUUGUUAUGGAUGUUGGUACCAGUCUGAACCCAGCCAUAGAUAUAGGACAGGUAGAAGGAGCGUUUGUCCAAGGCCUUGGACUUUUCACCAUAGAGGAGCUGCGGUAUUCUCCUGAAGGGAAUUUGUACACUCGAGGGCCUGGAAUGUACAAAAUCCCAGCGUUUGGAGACAUCCCAACAGAAUUCUAUGUGUCUCUUCUCCGUGACUGUCCAAACAGCAAGGCGGUUUAUUCAUCCAAGGCUGUGGGAGAGCCACCUCUGUUCCUGUCUGCCUCAGUGUUUUAUGCCAUUAAAGAUGCCAUCUACUCAGCGAGGAAGGACUCUGGCCUGACUGAACCAUUCAGGCUGGACAGCCCUGCCACCCCAGAGAGGAUCCGCAAUGCUUGUGUGGACAUCUUCACCAAAAUGGUAACAGCUUCUGGCUUCACAGUCUGCUCCCUACCCCACAUGGAGUGUGUGUGCUGGUCAUAGCAGCCCAGGUUUGGAAUUACAGCAGGAUGGGGAGGCUGUGGCAGAUGGGUUUUUAUUUCAUGAGUGUUAUCCUUCAUUUAACAUGCCACCAAAUGAGACACAAAUCCACAGACUAGCAUUGCUGGGACUCCCACUGCAGGAAGGGCUGCCAUUCGGUAUCAGUGAAGUUGCAGUUCAUCCCUCCAUCCUCCAAGUGCUGUCUGUAGAACAAAGGCACUGAUGACUUGUCCUGAUGCUCCUGACUACUAUCUCUUAGGGGAUCACCGCCACUAACAUAUCUUGCAGGUCCACUCUGUGAUUUAUUGGUGUCCCUCAGGGAGGGAGGGAGAGGAAAGCGUUACUGAAAAUGCUCACUUCUCUUGAAUGUUAUGACCACAGGAGCCUCCUUAGAGGCUGAGGGCUUGAUCUGAAGGAGUGCAGGGGUUAACCUUGUCACUGUCUCUUCAUGGGCUCCUCCUCUGUUACAGUGUUGUGACAGAGCUGUGUAGGAGUGGGUCCCUGCACAGAGUCCUGCUCAUUCCUGUCUGACUUGGAAAACACGGCUGUCUGUCCAUGUGGGCAUCCUCCAGGCUUUCAUCAUCUUCAACCCCACUGUGGUUAACAGCAAAACCUGGUAUCUUUGUCCUUAUCACCUAACACCUGCAUCACUGUCUGGGGAGAAGGACUCAGAAAGGGUUUUGAGAAUUUGCACAAACUGUUGGCCAUCAGGCCUUCAGGUAGAGCCAGGCACACAGCCCCUAACAGAAGUGCCCUGACACAGACAUCUCUGUGUGUUCAAAGACUGGGAUAUGAGCUCAGAUCUUCAAUGGUACAAAGUCACCCACCGCAAAGGGAACGUGGUGGGGCAUGCCAAACCCAGGCCAGGACCCUCAUUUGUUGCUAACUUAAUUUUUUUUUCUUUACAGUGCCCGUCUGCUGAGCCAGGGACAUUUAAACCAUGGUCUGUGCGUGUGUAAAAGGGAAGUUUGAGGAGCAAACUCUCCUCAUGAAACUGAGCUUACCCCAGAGGGGCCACAAGGAAGUAGGACUGUAACGGAAAAAAAAAUAAAUCUGUGUUCAUGUGGCUCAUCCACUGAUUCAUGGAGCUUUCACAUUUAAUUGUCCAAUCAUUGUUUUCUGUAGGAGAGGGAAUUGCUGCCAGAUUAUAGCUAUGCUGUAAAUUCAAAUGAAGAGUAAGUAGAAGGUGAUGUUAUCCAAGUGUAAUUGAAAAAUCUUACAGAUUUCAUUUAAAAUUGCUGCAAGGAUGGAAAACAUGCUUAUUUACCACCCAAUGUGAAAUGGCAGGGUGGUUGUAUCUUUUUUUUUUUUUUUCCUACUAUGGGGAAAAGAUGGAUCACCUUGUGAUGCUAUGCCAAGAAGGACUUAAAUUAAUCAAACCCAGACAAACAGUCCUCUAGCUGAGAUGGGGGAAGGCAUGAGAGGCACUGAGGGCUGUACCUGGUUGUGUCCCCUCUGCACACAAAGCUAGAUAUAAACUAGAGGAGGGUGAGGAGGAGUUUUGAGGCUAGCUAAUGAAGAUGCUCUUAGCUAUGUAACAAAAGUGGUUCAGAGGAAAACCCUAAAAUAUGACCAAUAGCUGAUUUAUCUGAAGUUAAAUGACUAUUGCUUUGUCUGCACUGGGGCUUUAACGAAUUCUUAGUUCACCUGCUACCUUGUCUUCUGUGAUUAAAGAUAAAAACUAGAUACCAAGAGGACUUCCAGCAAGAUACUGCUUCAUUUGACACAGCCUUUUCCAGCCCCCCACACCUCCACAUCUUUCCCUAUCUUUUAAAUAGGAAAGGACAUCAGAGGCCUUGGAGUAACAAAGUUACUCAUCGUUGUUCCCAAGGCCAGGCAAGGGACAGGAGGAGCACAGACACAGCUGGGGAUUAGUUGGCUCUGGGUGCCCUCUAGGGUCAAUCCCUUGCUGUCAUGCUAUGGCCUUCCCUUCUUUUCAAGACAACUCUUAGUUUUUCUGAAUGUAAGAGAAUGGGUACGUUUUGCUACAGGGACUGCUUGUCUGAAAAAUGUGCUGACUAUGUGGUGACCUCAUGCCUCCUGGGUUGAAUGCAUUUAACGCUGGGCAUCCCUCUUCACAGGUUUCGUCACUGUCAGGUUUAACACUGUAGCAUCAUGUUAUCUCUAGGUGAUGUCAGCCACGUACUGUACCUGCUCAUCAUGUGCAAACUUUUAUCCAUUUGUCUGGUCCACAGCUUUAUGAAAAUGUCCUUUUUCUAUUUUUGCACUCCUAGGGCAAGAGGAUGUAACUCCAUUGCCUUAUAUGAAAUUUUGCUCACAUACAAAGUGCCUAAAAUUGCCCUCCAUCUUAGAACAUAACAAUGUAUGCACAGUUUGGAAUAUUUUUUUGAAGCACUCCAGGGUAUAUAGCUUGGAAAUGAGUAGAUCUAUUUCUCAUCUUAAAAUAUUUUGGUUCUACCAUCUAAAAGAAGGGUAUUUGUAUAUGUGAGUUGCAGAAAGUAUUUUGUGCCUGCUGGGCUUGCUAUGUAAUUGUUUUAUUAAUUGAAAUACAAUAUUGAUGUUUCUUAAGCUCUGAAGUACCGGGCGAGAACAUAUUUUUGUUUUAUCCUGAGAGUUAGCAAUAUGUGAAAAACCUCUUGGAGAAGAAAAUGUGAUCAUUUGUGUGCAAGAACAGCUAUCGGAGCCUGUGUUUUCAUGUUCCUGGAUGUACAGGAAGGGAUGCAAAAUACAAAGUCUGUAAGGUAGAUUGGUAUCAUCGCUCUUUCUGUGGCAUCCACCUCAUGGGAUCGCUGGACGUGCUCAUUCAGACAGGCCAAGAAGUAGUACAAAGGGAACGUAAUAUGUGUUAAUGCAGAGCACGGGGUGUGAUGUCAAGGAGCUUCCAGCGUCAUCUCAGGAGAAAGCAGCCAGCGUUCAUGAGAGGCCUGCUCCCUGCGAGGGUCCUGGGACGCAAUGGGAUGUCACUAGCAGGACGUGUAAAUGCUCUUUGUCCCCUGUGGGUCUGGGAGCACCUUUUUCAUCAUUUCGGAAAGGGCUUGCAGUGUCUCGCAUAGCCACAGUGACCACCUGCUCAGGUGAAAUUUUUUAAAUUAGAUGUAUCGAGUCUCUUUUAUGUUUUGUACAUUAAUUUGAAGUGUAUUUGCCAAGUGGUGUGUAUAUGCAACGGUCAGAGCAGGCUAGUUCAGCGCAGACCUUUAGCCUGCGGAGCCAUUUUUGCUGCAGCAUCAGUGAGCCACUGUUUCCCAGGCAACCAGCCCUUGUCCUCAAGCCCACCCCAGCUCAGGGCCCUCUUGGUACCCUUCCACAGCCACUAGCUGAUGGGAGGAGGAAACCCCUUCCUUUUGGGGUGCACUGGAAUUCAGUGUAAAUGAUAUCAAACAUCUCAGGGGACACACGCACACACACAAUGGUAUAAAAUCAGGGUUGCAAAGUAAUUACUGAAACUGGUUUUGAGGGUGUAGGAAAAAGGGAAGCUUGGAGACUAAUUACGGAGAUGACAAUGUAAUACCUGGCUGGGCCGUGGGUGAAACAGGGAUGCCAAGGAACAUGAAGCUGAGAUUUUCAUUUCACUUCCCAGUGUCUUAGCAUUUCAUACAUUGCUUUCCCAUGGAACUAAGUGCCACGCACCGUAGGGAAGGACUGGGACCCGCUGUGGAGGGCUGGCAGGAAGAGAUGCUGCUGCUCUGAGAGAGCCUGACUUAAACUGUGGUCUGCGCUACAAAGCUGUCCGAGAACAGCUCUCCUGUUGUGAGCGCACAGCACUGUCCUCUGCUAGGUGCUGCCUCAGAUCUCUUCACGUGCAUCUCGCUGCGUGGGAUUUCAGCUUGCGAUCGCUGAAGGGAAAGCUACUUACGAAGAGAAAAAUGUUCCUUUCCUAGCAUCACUCUAAUGUUCUGUAUAACUGGAAAUUUUGCCGCUUCUCUCCUUCCAGAACUGUAUCCUCAGAAGAGGAACUGCGCCAUCUUGCUAGACUGUAAAGUAUUACGCACAAUAUCAGCACUUAAGUAAUAAUGCUGUAGCUGGAUAGUUUGUGGGAGGGUGAAAGGGGGCAAUCUGAUCUGAUGUCUUAAUGCUAUUAAUCACAUGUCCCUUGAUGAGAGAGGGAGGUUUUGGUGUAAUUGUUUUAAGUCAGUUCUAAUCAACAGCUUUCACCAUCUUUAUCAUUUUUUAAUGAGCAUUGUCAAAUUGAUGUCUUUGUCACAUGAAUGUAUGUGGAAUUUUAUGUGGAUGCCACAAAAUUGCAAAAUAAAGGUAAAAAAUAUUCUGGAAA